AUGACCUUACAGAGAUGGCUGCUGGCUCUCUGCCUUUCCGUAGCUUCAUUGGUUUUUGGGACCGGUGGCUCUGUGACAAGUGAAACUCAGAAAUACAUUUGCAGGACAUUCAGCAGUGGAGUCGUCCAACCUUUCCAAGGUCCAGGAUUCUAUGUGCAUUCCAAUUGUCCCUUCACCCUGACUCGGUUCACCCAGAAUCGAGUUGAAUGUGACAUCUCUCUACGUCGAGGGAACGACGGCCUUGUGGUGCAAGUCGACAUCAUCAUCAACAAAGUCAGGACUAUUCUGCAGAAUGGAAGCAUACUGGUUGAGGGCAAAAGUGUUGCCCUUCCAUACGAUCAGACCUACCAGCAUAUUUUUCAGUACGGCAUCUACACUAAACUGAGGAGCUCAUUGCUGCCUCUUUCCAUAACCUGGCACAGCGUACCUGGAGGAAUAGACUCUCUUUGGGUUGAGCUGGAGCAAGAGCUGAGCACCGACAUGAGUGGACUGUGUGGAAAAUACAAUGUAACUGGCGAUGAGCAGCAGUUGAUCAGAGAGAGCGUGCUCCCUGACGACACGUGUCAAACCAAAGAUUCGAUCUCAGCUCCUAAUUCAGUAUGCAAUCAAAUAUUUUCCAACAUCAUAGACUCUCUGCAAUCAAAGUGGCUUCGUUACCUUCAGCUCUGCUACAAGAGCCUUUACAGCUAUGAAAACGAUGAAUACGUCCGUUGUUCUUUCUUCAAAGAGAUUGCUGUGCUUUGUGGGAAAACAAAUGAUUUUUGGAGCAAAUGGACAACCGUAACCAAAUGUGCUAAGCCAACUUGCCCUGGAGACUUGGUUUAUAAUGAAGAAGGUACUGCCUUUCUACCCAGCUGCUCCAACCCUAAACCCCAACUGACCAGCCAGGAUAUCACCAGCUCCUGUGUCUGCCCAGAGGGCAAGGUACUUAACGAUCACUUGGAUGGCUACCACUGUGUGAAUCUGUCCCAAUGCCCCUGUGUAUUUGCUGGGAAAACCUAUUUAAUGGGAGAAAUACGUAGCACCAAAUGUCAGUCAUGCUUGUGUGAAGGUGGACAGUGGCGUUGCUCUGAAAACUUCUGUCCAUCAAAAUGUUUAAUUGAAGGCCAGUUUGUGACAACAUUUGAUGGCAAGCAAUAUGUUGUGCCUGGUAAAUGUACAUACUUAGCAUUUCAGGGUUUCAACUGGACAGUAGUUAUUCAGUUUUCUGAAAAGGAUGCAUCACUGAAAAACAUUGUUCUCCAGGGUUAUCAGGAAAAGUAUACAUUCAAAAACAGCAUAGUUACAUUUGGAGACCAAGAAAUUACAGAAUCUCAGAAGACUGAUUAUGCACAGGUGUUUUGGCAGUCCUCCAUGUAUGUACUAGUCAUGACAGCCUCAGAUAUUAAGAUCCAAGUCCAGAUAUCACCUAAAAUCCAGCUCUACAUCUCUGCUCCUACAAAACACAAUGACAUCAUUUCAGGUCUUUGUGGCAACGACAAUAGUGACAGCACAGAUGACUUCACCAGCAGCGGUGGGAUCAUUGAGAAUUCGGCUCAGCCUUUUGCUCUGUCCUGGAGUCUGGGCGCUUGUGCAGUGAACAUACCCAGCACCUGCAUCAGCACUCACAAUGAAAUAUUUGCAGACGAAAAGUGCUCUGUGCUGACUGACCCAACUGGAAUAUUUGCUAAGUGCCAUGGCCACUUACCACCUGAUCAAUACCACACAGCCUGUAUUCAAAGAACCUGUAAUUGUGGCAGCAAUGUGCAGAGUUGCUUGUGCAUGGCUUUAGCCAGCUACGCAAAAGCUUGUGCAAGUCUGGGUUUUUUUGUUGGUGACUGGAGGAAGACUACCAAAUGCACUCUGACAUGUCCAAAGAACCAAGAGUUCACCUACAACUUACGUGCUUGCAACAGUACAUGCCGCUCCCUGUCUGGCCCUGAUUUUUGCUGUAAAGUGGAUGAUUUUCCCGUGGAGGGAUGUGGCUGCCCCGAAGGAACAUAUCUGAAUCAAGAAAACACCUGCACCCCAAAGGCAGAGUGUGUAUGCCACCACACGGGUGGUAUAACGCCUCCAGGUCCAGUUGCUAUAGAUGGGCGACAGUGCCUCUGUGAAAAUGGAAAACUGAACUGUUCUAAGGAUUGUGGCUGCAAGAAUGGGAAAGUUUGUGUGCACUGCUCAGAAAACCCGAUUAAGACGGCUCAGAAAACUUGUGACAGCCUCAGCAAACCACUUUUUGCCAAAAAGGAUUGUGUGAGUGGCUGUUACUGCCCAAAUGAUCAGUAUGAAGAUCACCAUGGAAACUGUGUAUCAAGGGACAACUGCACCUGUGUGUACAGUGGUAAAGUCUUCAGGGCAGGAGAGACUGUAAAAACCAACUGUAAAAACUGUGUCUGUGGUCAGGGUCAGUGGGACUGCACAGAUGAGCCGUGUCCCGGGACAUGUCAAGUCUAUGGAAAUGGACAUUAUCAGACCUUUGACUCUAAAUGGUAUCGAUUUAGUGGACACUGCCAGUACACACUUGUAGAGGAUUACUGUGGAAAUACAAAGGGCACAUUUUCUGUCAGAGUGGAGAGUGUACCCUGCUGUGAAGAGGCGCUGACCUGCUCUCGCUUCAUUGUCCUGGACUUGCAGGGCAAAGCCACCCUGACACUGAGUGACAUGAAGGUGACUAAACGUCUGCAGCAAGGCUGGACUCUGCAGGAAAAUUCACUUUACAGUAUCGACACUGUGGGACUUUAUAUCAUAGUGUCAGUGCCGAGCAGCGGGAUCACUCUCAUCUGGGACAAACACACACGGCUCACCAUAAAACUGCAUGAAAACUGGAGGAAUAAAGUGUGUGGACUUUGUGGGAAUUUUGACUCCAAUGAGAUGAACGACCUACAGAUAAGAGGCUCAACAGUGGGAUCCAGUCCGAUGGCCUUUGGCAACAGCUGGAAGGCAGCCACUCCUCCUUGUUCUGAUGUAACUGCUGAUAUAUUUCCAUGUGAUCGCAACUCCUACUGCUCAGCCUGGGCCCAGCGGCGCUGUAUGAUUAUUAAAGGAGACACUUUCAAAGACUGUCAUCUGAAAGUGGACCCAAAUCCUUACUAUCAGGCUUGCUUACUUGAGUCCUGCUCCUGUGAGUUUGAAGGGAAGUUCCUGGGCUACUGCACAGCUGUGGCAGCUUAUGCAGAGGCCUGCAGUGACCAGGAUGUCUGUGUAAAGUGGAGAACACCUGACCUGUGUCCCAUUUACUGUGAUUACUACAACAAACCAGGCCAAAGUAUUUGGCACUAUGAAGCCUGUGGUAAGAUGAGAACCUGUGGCAAAGGAAUCCUUAGACAAAAGCUUGAAGGUUGUUACCCGAGAUGUCCAAAGGAGACACCAUACUAUGAUGAGAAUGAAGGUGAAUGCACCACAAUUAUGGACUGCUCUUGUUAUUUCAAUAACACUGUUGUUCAACCAGGAGAAGUGGUGAUGAUAAACUCUUUUCAGUGCACCUCCUCCGCCUCCAACAACGACAGAACCUGCUACAACAACUCUCAAACCAACAUCUUCAACUACGAGAGAAACAACUAUGCUUUCAACUGUACUUGUGACGACAACUAUAAAUAUGUCAACUACGACUACAAAAGAUUCAACAAUAUUCACAAGUACCUCUACACCAAUUACGACAGUUCUUCGAUCCAGUACACCCGGUACAGGUGGAACAUUGCCAACACCGCCUACAACCAUGUUUACAAAAACAUCUACUGCUAUCACAGUCUCUACUGA